AUGGAGGCGUUGUAUUUCAACGUCAAUAAUGGCUUCCUAGAGGGCAUCGUCCGUGGGAUCAAGAACUCGCUUCUCUCCCAGUCGCAGUACCACAACCUCACCCAAUGCGAGAACCUUGAGGACUUCCGCAUGCAGCUCUCGUCGACCGACUAUGGCAACUUCCUCGCCAACGAGCCCUUACCCCUGUCCACGGCGACCAUUGCUGACAAGGCCACGGCCAAGCUCGUCGAAGAGUUCAACUACACGCGCACCAACGCCGUCGAGCCUCUCGCUACGUUCAUGGACUACAUCACCUACGCGUACAUGAUCGACAAUGUCAUCCUCCUGACCCUCGGCACGCUGCAUGAGCGCGACACGCACGAGCUGCUGGAGCGCUGCCACCCACUUGGCGUGUUCGACACGAUGCCGGCGCUGUGUGUCGCGACAAACGUCGAGGAGCUGUACCACUCGGUGCUUGUCGAGACUCCCCUCGCGCCCUACUUCCGUGACUGCCUGUCGGCGCAGGACCUUGACGACCUCAACAUUGAGAUCAUCCGCAACUCGCUGUACAAGGCGUAUCUCGAGGACUUUUACCGCUUCUGCCAGACCCUCCCCGCGCCCACGGGCGAGGUCAUGGCCAAGAUUCUCGCGUUCGAGGCCGACCGCCGCUCCAUUAACAUUACGAUCAACUCGUUUGGUACCGAGCUGUCCAAGGACCAGCGCGCGCGUCUCUUCCCUACCAUCGGCCGUCUCUACCCCGAGGGUAACAACAUGCUGGCGCGCGCCGACGAUGUUGAGCAGGUCAUGGCCGCGGUCGACCAUGUGCCUGAGUACCGUGCGUUCUUUGACCGCGCGGGUGGGGCCAACACCACCUCGACCGAUGAGCAAGAAGCCGGGUCGUCGCUCGAGGACGAGUUCUUCAAGCAUGAUGUUGCGCUCAACAAGGAGAGCUUCUUCCAGCAGUUCCAGUACGCCAUUUUCUACUCGAUCGUCAAGCUCAAGGAGCAAGAGGUGCGCAACCUGACCUGGAUCGCUGAGUGUAUUGCGCAGGACGCGCGUAGCCGGAUUAAUGACUAUGUGCCAAUUUAG